AUUCAUUUGCAAUUCAAUCGAGAAUCCGACUUACGGACUACGGCGGUCUUAAUUUGUCUUUCCCCCUUCAACAUGUACGCAAUGUAACAAAUAUGGCCACACGGGAGAUAAGGAUUUCUGCACCCCGCUCAGCCGCUGACUCGCUUCUCUCACUUGCCACCAUCCCCACCUCCACCACUUUGAAUGUGAAAAUGAAGGCUUCCCCACAAAAAUAUAAGCGCUCUUCUAUUAGAAGCGUCGAGGAUGCUCCACGUCCAUAUAAAUGCCCAAUCUGCCCGAAGGCCUUUCACCGCCUCGAGCAUCAGACUCGACAUGUUCGCACCCAUACUGGUGAACGACCCCACCAAUGUACUUUCCCCACUUGUCAAAAGCGCUUCUCACGUUCUGAUGAGCUCACUCGACAUUUGCGUAUCCAUAUUGCAAAGCCAUCCAAGAAAGAGAUCCGUGAGCAGCGUGAAAUGAUUUCACCUUCUCCUUCACAUGUCUCAAUCAAACCAUUUAUGAGGGUUGCCCUCGCCACGGACGAGGAGAAGAACGACAACAACGAUAACAAUGAUAACAACGACACUAUCAGCACGUCAUCCUCAUCCCUCUCAUUAUCACCCUCGCCAUCCCUUUCGCCUCGUUUGUUGGCGUUUUCGCUUCGCAAACAAAGAUCUUCCCCUUAUUCAGUUGUGGCAAAACGCAAUAAUUAUAGUGCUUUUCAAUCACCCUCGCCACCACCAGCAGUGUCUGUGAACUCUUCACCAAUGUCAAUGAUUAUGUCUGAUUCUGAGUCUGAUACACCAACGUCUCCCCUUUUUACGCCAGAGUCAUCGCCUAUGCCUUUGUCAUCUUUGGAAAUGCAAGGAUACCAUAAUCAAACUCCAUUUCACAAUAGCAGCAACAGCAGCAGUAACAGUGGUAGUAGUAGCAACUACCACUCCCACUACCACAAUAACUACAACCACAACUACAACUACGCUUCAAAAACUGAAGAGUCCUUUUCUCACUAUUCUGCUUUCGACGCCUCCACAUUGGCCCCUCUCCGUGGAUCACAAGGACCCGUUACUCUACCUCCGUUCUCCACACUCAUGAGAACCCUCUUCCGUUAAAAAGUGGAGAAGUGUUUCUUUUUUUACCUUUGCAUCUUGUUAUCAUUACUAGUAUUAUUAUCAUCUGCACAUCAUUGCCUUGCUUGUAUAAAAAAACCUCACUUCUGUACAUAUUUGAUAUCACCUUUGCUAUUAACCCACUUUCAUACUUUGGAAAAAAAAAAAAAAGAAAAAAAAACAUGUAACAACAUAAUUUGCUUAACAAACCC